AUGGGAACUGGAGGACAUGCACACAAGACACUUAGCCACAGAGACAAGCACAAUCCACUUCGGGCAUGCGGACUGAGGCAUGCUAGGUUUCGGUUGCGAGGCUGGUCUGCAACACUCGGUCAGGCCUCGCGGACAAGCGCACAUUGGCCCCUUGGCCGUCUCACCCUCACGGUCUCAUCCUCCUUUUGCCAUGCCCUGGGCCCAGCUGCCGGCCGGCUCGUACCAAGAACUACUUGA